AAUUGGACAUGCGCUUUGACGGGCACCUGCUAGUCACCGCGUGCUAUCGGAGAAUCGAAAAUUUUGGGGAAUUUGGGCACAUUUAUUGAGACACUGAAAAAGAAAGCAACGACAUUAGAAGCCUUACUAGCAGAUAUACAGUGGGCACUUGAUAUUUGAUUUGUCACCCCAGGAACAAUCAUGGCUUGUCAAUUAUCUUGGCCACUCAAUGGACAUACACAAAAUCCAUUACCGACAAACAGCUACCACCAUCGAGCGAGUGGAUAUAUCAAAGAUGAUGCUUCUCCAAGAGUACAACCUCUGUGCAAAGUAUUCGGGAAAAAACUGAGUGAAAUUGAUUUGAAAGAAUUGAGUGUUACCUCUGAUGGUGGGAUUGAGUUGGACACGGAGGAAGAGCAAACAGAAGGUGUACCAGAAGGUGGUCCAGAAAUUGCAAGCGUGACAGACACUGAUGGGUACACCCCAGGAAAUAACAAUAUUGAUAAACCAGAUGUUUUCACAUUUGAGGAGGAAGAAGCUACAUACCACAAACAGAAAAAGAGUUCAGCCAGUAACACCAGGGUUCAGUGGACGAAAGAGGAACUAACAGAAGUGAAUCGUUACUUUGAAGAAACCAUUGCAGCAGAAAAAACACCUGGCAUGAAGGAAUGCAAAAUGGCACAAGAAAAGAGCAAAACAGAUGGAGGCAUGCUUCACAAACGGAAUUGGGAGACUUUGAAAAAGAAAGUAUGGAAUAUAAUCCAGAAAAAAAAGCGUCGUUAGGCUGCUCUGUGUUGACUUGGACAAAUAGACCAGUUGUGAUAUUGGAAAGAAUUCAGUCAUACUGUGCGCAACUCUUACUUUUUAAAGAGAUUUUGAUCAAACUUUCACUAUUUUAAUUGGUGCAUAUUAUCAUCCUUUCUUAGUUUAAUCAUAUUUUGCAGAUUUAUAGCCCUUGUUUGUUUUAUGCAUUUAUAUUGGUGAAAGUUUUGCAAGCAUAUGCUGUAACUUCUUAUUUAUAAGUGCAUCACAAUACUGUAGAUUCCAUUUAAUUGCAUAAAGAUUUGAAGUACAAAACAGCCUUUUAUGUCUUAAAUAUAUACUUUUAAUACAUUGCUUUUACGUGCCAUUCCUUUUUAUACGCCUGUUUUGGAAAAACGGGACAUGUUAUGUGUUCAGCCUUUAACGGCUGGCGGGCGGAAAUCUGUGUCCGCUCGAUAACUAGAGUAUUUUUCCUUGGAACUUAACCAAACUUAUACAAAGUGUUUAUCUCUAUAAAAUUUAAGUCAAGUUUGAUAUGCAGCCAGUUCUGACCAGUAUCUCUAUGUACUGGCCCUUGAAUCUGUCAAAAUUGACAGUGUCCAUUCAAUAACUAGGAUAAUAUUUCUUAGAUGUCAGCCAUACUUAUACAGAAGAUGUAUUACUAUAAAAUCUAGGUCAGGUUAUUCAGACAGUAUCUCCAGAGUUAACGCCCUUGAAUUGGUCAAAUUGACAGUGUCCGCUCGAUAACUAGGGUAAUAUUUCUUUGAUGUCAUUCAUACCGUAUGUAUACAUAAGACAUACGUAUUACUAUUAAAUAUAGGUCAUUUUCGAUAAUCAGUAAGUUCAAUCAUUUAGAGUUAUGGCACUUAAUUCUUAAUUUGUCAAAAGUGUAAAAAUUGACUGUCUGCUCUAUCUCUAGGGUAAUUUUUCUACAAUUUCUGUAGUAUAGUAAUUUGCUAUGUCAUGCAGAUAUUGUGACAUUCUGGCACUUGUUUUGAAUUACUUCCCUUUGGUGUUAAUAUAAAUAGCUUAUUUUGUAACGUUUUUAUUAUUGCUCGUAGGGAAAAACUGAGGCCACUUUUUUGUGGUACAAUAUUGGUGUUACUGCCAAUUUUAAGAUGUAUUUUCACCUAGCCUUACCUGUUUAGGAUUUUUUUGUGGCCUAUGAAAAAAAAACAUGUAUAAAAUCUAUUUUACUAUAACAUAUGAUCUAGUUCAAGAACGGUCUCAGCUCAGUAACUCAUUGCUUUACGCAAUUUUUAUGACAUAGGACAGUAAUUUUUUCCAAAUCGGUCAUUUCCUUUUUUAGCUCGACUAUUCGAGGCAUCUGCGUUAGCGUUAGUGUCACACCAAAUGUUAAAGUUUGCGUAUCACCCCAAAUAUUUUCAAAGUCCAUUGAGAUAUUGCUUUGAAACUUUACACACUUGAUCACCAUCAUGACCCCAACCUGUACACAGGAGGAGGUAACUCUAUCAAGCAUUUUGACAGAAUUAUGCCCCUUUUUCGACAUAAAAUUUAAGUUUAAGUUUGCAUAUCACCCUUAAUAUUUUCAAAGUUUAUUGAGAUAUUGCUUUGAAACUUUGCAUACUUGUUCACCCUCAUGACCCCAACCUGUACACAUGGGGAGGUUUCUAUCAAGGAUUUUGACAUUAUUAUGCCCCUUUUUUGACUUGGAAUUUAUGUUAAAGUUUGCGUAUCACCCCAAAUGUUUUCAAAGUCCAUUGAGAUAUUGCUUUGAAACUUUGCACACUUGUUCAUCAUCAAGACCCAAGUCUGUACACAGGAGGAGAUAACUCUUUAAAGCAUUUUGACAGAAUUAUGCCACUUUAUCAACUUUGAAUUCAUGUUUUAAGUUAUUACACUUAGACUAACUUGGCUUUGUUAUACUAUCCAGCACUGAGAAUAGUCGAGCGCGCUGUCUAGUGACAGCUCUUGUUGGAUUUAUUCAUACCUUCAACCAUAAAACUCUGCAAAUGUUUCUUGUAAAAUUUGUUUUCUGGGUCAGUUGUUUUAAAGACAGAAAAUGAAAAAAGAGCAUCUUAAAACUCUACAGUUUUUUAUUAUUCCAUUUGCAAAUACAGGUGCUAGAAUAAAGAAAUUGGCUAUAACGGGCAUAAUUAUAUUGUGACAUUCUGGCACUCUUGUUAAUUAUGUAAAAACUUACAUUUACUAGUUAUCUGAUAUUUUGAGGAAAAGUACAUGUACUUUGCAUUUUUGCUAUUAUUAAAUGAAAAGAAAUAGGAAACAUAAUGGGAAAAGCUUUUUUUACAUUAACCUCGUUUUUAGCUAUAUAUAUUUUUAUGUACCUCAGUGCAUAUUGUGGGACUUCUUUAUGCUUCGAUUAUUGUGUGUGUGUGUGUGUGUGUGUGUGUGAAAUUAUAGCUCUGUUUUAUUUUGCACAUUUUAUGAUUUAUAUAGAGAAAUACUCUUUAGUGUGCAACUUUUCCUUCAUUUCUUGAGGUAUUUUGACAUUUAAUGUUACGUGCUCCAGAGUAUAAUGUUGGACUUUUGUGGUUUGAUUUCAUAUUUGGCCAAAUUAUGAGUUGCAGCAGUUUUCAUUUGAUCCUCGUUAUGUUCUUUAAUUUACUACAAAUUUUACUUGUAUUAUA